UGGGCGGUCAGUGUCGGCCCAACCCGGCCAGUGACGCCGCCGGGACCAGCCGCGCGCCGGCACACCGGACUCGCGGCGACUCGGCACAGAGACCGGUGGGCUCUGGGACAGUGUUGCCCGGUCGGGGCCGCUCAGGCAGUGGUCAGCGGGUCAGACCGGUGUGGUGGCGGCGAGUCUGCUCUGCGCAGGGAGAGGACCGGCUCCAGGCGGCGGCAGCUCGGGAGGUGCCUGCCGCCUCACGGAGGGAGCCAUGGCCUUCGUUGAACCUCUGAUAGGGUGUACCAGGACCCUGGAGCUGAGCGACCGAUCACUGUCGACGGACGGUUUGGCGGGCUCGCCACCGCCGGAGGACGGCGCUCGCCGACAAGUGACGGACUGUCAGCGGGCAGAUUCCCCGGUACCGGCCGAGGGGGACGGGAGGCGGGCCGAGUCUCCGGUACCAGCCGAGGGCGGCGGGAGGCGGGCAGAUUCCCCGGUUAUACUGGCCAAGGGGGACGGGAGGCGGGAAGAUUCCCCGGUUAUACCGGCGGAGGGCGGCGGGAGGCGGGCAGAUUCCCCGGUACUCGCCGAGGGGGACGGCAGGAGGGCAGACUCUCCGUUACUUGCAGCGUGGAGCAGACAGCCACAGACCGCCGAGCACCCUCCAGCGGAGUCGGACUCAGCCAUCAGCAGCCAGCCUCAGCUGGACUGCUACAUCCUGGACGACGAGAACGAGCCCCCGCCCGACCUGGAGGAACACAGCAGCGGGGGUGGGUGCGCGGUGUGCGGCCUGCCGGCGUCCGGCCGGUGCUCGGCCUGUCUGGCCGCUCUGUACUGCGGCCCGGUGCACCAGCAGCAGCACUGGCUGGCCCACCGGCCGCUCUGCCGGCCGUACGCGGUGGCGCUCCACCCGCUGCUGGGCCGGCACCUGGUGGCCACGCGGCCGCUGCGGCGCGGCGACCUGAUCCUGCGAGACGCGCCGCUGAUGGUGGGCCCGUGCGCGGAUACGGCGCCGCUCUGUCUGGGCUGCUACCGGCCGGUGGCGGGGCCGCGCCGCUGCCGCCGCUGCGGCUGGCCGCUCUGCUCGGAGCCGUGCGAACAGAGCGAGCAGCACCGGGCAGAGUGCGACCUGACGGCCGGCAGCCCGCUGGGCGCCCUCUCCGGCCACGAGGGCGUCGACUGGUACCCGUGCGUGGCCGUGCUGCGGCUGCUGCGGCUGCGGGACACACGGCCGGCCGACUGGGCGCGCCUGCUGCAGCUGCAGAGCCACGACGACGAGCGGAGGGACACGGACAUCUACCAGCUGGAGCAGACGACGGUGGUGGACCGCGUCCGGCACAGGUUUGGCCAGUUCCAGCACAGUGAGAUGCUGCUCCACCGCAUCUGCGGCAUCAUGGAGACCAACGCCUACGAGAUCCGUCUGCCCGAGAUCAACGUGCAGGGCGUGUACGCGCGCGCCGCGCUCUUCGAACACGACUGCGUGCCCAACACGCACCGCACCUUCGACGAAAACCUGACGCUGGUCGUGCGCGCCGCCGUCGACAUCGCUCAGGGUGAACAUCUAACCAGCAUCUACACGGACAACCUGUGGGGCACGUGGCAGCGGCGGGAGCACCUGCUCACCAGCAAACACUUUCUGUGCGAGUGUGCGCGCUGCUGCGACCCGACCGAGCUGGGCACCGGGCUCAGCUCGAUCCGCUGCUCCCUCUGCCAGCACGGGUACAUCCAGUCGGUGGAUCCACUGCAGGUGCAGGCCGACUUCCGGUGCGCGGCGUGCGGCGCCCUGGUGCCUGGCGCGCCGGUGCGCUCCGCCCUGGCGGCGCUCGAGGCCGAGGUCCAGGCCGUCGAGGAGGAGCCCACCAUCGACGACUGCGAGAGACUCAUCCAGAUCUGCUCAUCGGUGCUGCACCCCACCCACCACCUGAUGCUGGACCUCAAGUACCCGCUGGUGCACCUGUACAACACGUCCGAGACGCUGCCGGCGGCGCAGCUGGACAGGAAGGAGCAGCUCUGCAAGGAGAUCCUGUCCGUGGCCGACAUCGUCACCCCCGGAAUAUCGAGGUUGCAAGGAAUCGUUCGGUACGAGCUCCAACAAACAUUAUUGCAAAAGGCAAGAUUCCUGUACGACAGUGGGAGCCACCAGUCAGCUGACGUGAUCGCCCUGUUCAGGGAGGCGCGCGACGUACUGUGUGCGGCCAUCUCGGUGCUCCGCUGGGAGCCCUGCGUUCAGCCGGAGGGCCAGCUGGGCCUGGAGGCAGCGGAGGAGCUGACGGAGCUGGACGCCUGGCUGCGGGAGCACCUGCCGGCCGCGACGGCCCCCGCUGAGCCGGUGCAGGGGGACGGGGCCGACUCUGAGACACCGACUGGGCGCCGCACCGGUCCGCCGGCGGACACCGGGGAACAGCGGCGCGGCGCCGAGAGCGGACCAGACUGCCCCGCACAGCGUCCCUGUGCGCCGCGGCCGGAGGAGCCCGAGAGUCACACCGUGUCCUGCGCAGAACAGGCACCGGUACCUCGCCGGGCGCCGACUCAGCUCAGGGCAUGAACGUGCUCUCCCCCACCUCGGGUGCUCUUUCUGGGGUGCGCACGGGGCUCGCUUCGAUCCCCCUGACUUUGUAAGAGACGUUUGUUCAUCUAUGAAACCGUGCAAUACUGUGAUUGCGUGUAGUUGUAGUCUGUAUGUGAUUGCGUUGUGUCUGUGCGUGUAGAUGACGUAUUGUCAUAUAAAUGAAGCUGUUCAUGACGCUAUAGAUGACGUUGUUCAUAUAACAGAGUAAGAGGAAGAUCAACAUUGCGAUGCGCAUAUUCAGGGCUGUUGAAAGUUGAACUUCAUGCACUUUAUAAAUGUAUCAUGGUGUGUUUACUGUUUUUAUAUGGGUACGUCUAUGUUUAUUCUUUAUUCAUCGAAGGUAACAGUUAAGAUACCUAACUACUGGUAUCCCUGUUUUUAUGUCUAAAGACGGGUGUUUGGGGGGGGGGGGGUGAAUUAGGAUCCAUUCACGACGAAAACCUCGUCACGCGUCUCUGCAUGCUACGCUGCAUCGUUUACAGUGUCUCGGUUCUCCUGGUCGUCGCAGAAUAUACUUACAAAUGUCUGAAA